CUGAGAGGUUGGUUAUGCACUUAGAAUGAACAUUAAAAUACAAUUAUUUAUUCUCUUAAUUUUUCACUCUCUCCUAGGUUCGGUUUGUGCUCUUUCCAUUUCUGCCAGCCAGUUAUCUAUAGAUGAAUAUGAGGGCAGCUCUGUCGUUCUGUCCACAUCCUACAGUCUGACCAAUCCAAAGGAUGUUCUCCGGAUAAAAUGGGAAUUGGACGGGACUUCGCCCACUACUCUCGGCGUAUGCACCAAAAAGGAAAACUCUACCUCACAUUUCCCAUCAAGCGGUUAUGAGCGAAGGAUGCGUGUCGUGCCAGAGAAUGGGUCUCUAAUCAUUAACCGACUGCAAAAGAAAGACAGUGGAAAAUAUAGAGUAACGAUAUAUGAUGCUUCUCAGUCUGACUCCGUUACCAUCACCGUCACUGUGCUGGAGAGCGGUAUGUAAAGACAGGGUAACAUCCUAUUCAUUUCUAUAAUAUAAACAUGGCACAUGGUACCACACUUUAGGAUAACAGAGAACUCCCAGAUAUACUCACACACAUGCAUCCAGACACAGAAAUGACACUCUUAAGGCUAUGUAUUUCUAGACACACUCACAGACACACAGUUACUCACUGAUGGACACACAGACACAUGCAGUUACCAAUACACACUGCCAGACACCCAGAUACCUAUACACAAGACACACAGAAACCAAAUACACAGCUCCAGUGCUACAGGCUGUACUCAGGAUUCUUCUUCUCUCCACUUGGACUUCCUGUAUGUGUUGGGAGUAAAUGGCCUGACAUAACCAGACAUGGUUAGAACGAGAGUUGUAAGUACAGCUCGGUAAAGGAUAUUGUCCCUUAGUAUGUUUUUAUUUAUAUACAAUUAGCUGAGACAUUUCUGUCUAUCCAACUGCAUUAAAUAGCAUUAGAGUGAACCACCAUGCAGGCUCCAGUGUUCGACCAGGCCUCUUAGCGGAGUACUGGCUAGAUCCACCUUAUGGUGGCACAAGUCUUAUUUAAACUAUCAGAGUUGAGAAAGUGUCACAGGAUUACCUGUAUCUUUUAUUUGGUUUUAGAUUUUCAAGACUUCAACACAACAAUGACACCACAAACAUCAUUUGUUUGCUUCUGUCCGAGUAACAUCACCAAUAUAUCAAAAUCAUCAUUGGCCUGGAUUUUCCUGGGAACCCGCCUGUCAUCUGUCUUCAUUCUCCUGGCUUUCGUUUUCUGUAGCUUCUACUUCCGCCAGAAGAUCAAGACGAGCAAGACACGUGGCAGACACUAUUAAGGAAUUCCCAGGAAUCCACCCAGUAUUCCAUCAAAAACUAUAAAUCUCAUUUUAUCAGGGUGACAAGUCUAAACAAAAUAUCAGAAUGAAGGUUCAUCUUCUAAAAUUUUUUGUGCUUAGGUUAUUUUUUCUAUGUGUUUUGCCAAAAGCCCAUACACACUGGCGUCCAAUAUGAACAGCACAUCAUAACACAGUCCUAUAAGAAGCAAAAAAGUGGUACAUACCUCUGGGCAACUUACUUCAUCUUCGUUAUCUGGAACUCUUUGUAUUGGACAAGCCAGGGUGUUCAGGAAUCCACAGUGGCCACCAGAUAGUUUCUGUUGCUGGACAGAACAAACAAAAAACAAACAAUUCCUUAAAAAGUAGCAGAGGUCCCUAAGUAUAUCUUAUAUACCAUGGAGGGGGCAGGAGAUAAGCUGAUAUUUGGUCAGAGGAAAUAACAAGGAGAAGGCUGGAGAACCUCAAACAUGACCCCACUAUACAGAAUAACACAGCAAUACAACUCACAGUAAUGAGCAGUGUAUGUGUGGAUCACAGAGCUCCAAAGCAAUACAACUCACAGUAAUGUGCAGUGUGUGAGUGGAUCACAGAGCUCCACAGCAAUAAAACUCACAGUAAUGUGCAGUGUAUGAUAUCUCAUAAGAAACAGUAUCCCCAUGUCCAAGUUGGUUGGUGUUUUGGAAAGUUACAGGGUCAAGUAUAAGACUUGUCCAUUUCCGUUUUUACACAUUAAAAUUUGCCAGAUUGGUUGAUUCUGAAACUGCCCAGGAAUGAGAAUUACCCAGCAUCAUGACAUGCCAUUUGCAAAAGCAGACAAAAUGAAUGGGGUAUGCCCAGUCUUUUUUAGUGGACACUUAGUCACAAGCCCUGGCCAAAGUUAGUGUUCAUAUUUUUCUUCCCUAAUGAUAUCAUUGUAACGAUACGUUUACUGUUUUUAGGUGUUUUAUACAGUUCCUGGGUUAAAUAUAGGGCUUACAAAUUAAAUGCUCCGGACUUUCUGCCUGGGUUGUCAGGCAAGUCCCUCAAAGUAUAAAUAAUAAAAUCAAAUAAUAAUACAUAUCUAUAAGAUGUCUUGGCACUCACCCCUGGUAGAGUUUUAAUCCUGAUAAUUUGCCUUGGUGCAACCUGCAUAUACAUAUAAACCAAAGAAAAGGGUGCACUCUCAGGUCUUUUCAACGUGGUUUAUUUAAAUAUUUGCAUAAAAUUUGUCCCGAUCGACGUUUCGACCCAGGAUCUUGAGGAAAUCCCUCCAGGGUACAAGAUACAGGAAGCCAAUGUAAAGACUGACAGAGUGGUGUAAGAGGAGCGACUAGAGAGGAAAAUCAGUAUGGCAGCUAGUGCUAAAUACGGUAAAUUGUAUUAGGUUAAUCUAUUGUAAGAGCAUUGUGUAUACAAAACUAAACAAUUAAAGUGUUAGUGCUUGGAUGAAUAUACUCACAAUGCAAAUCAAUAUGUGCCAAAUGAAGGUUAUAAUAAAAGUGACAUUACUAUUCAAAAACCUCAUACACUUUAGCUUAUUUAGCACUAUUUAAUUUGUCUCCCACAUUUGGAGUUAGUGUAGGACCCACUGAUAUUGGGGUACUGUGAAGCAGUGGUGGGCUUAACACAAUAUGGCCAUGUGGUGGAACUCAAUCCCCAUAUUUGUUUUCUUAGGUGAUUUUAAGUAUCCUGGUAAGAUUAUUG